AUGGCUGAUGAUUUCUGUCAACAAAGCAAAAUGAAGGCUGUUCUUGUUUUGUUGAGUUUCUUAGCCAUUGCUCGAGGGUUCAGGAUUCCCAUUCAUAGAGUAGACAAAUCUCAUCAAGUGAAAAAGGUGGUAAAAGUUCCUGAUGGUCUUACGUCACUUUAUUCUCCAACUAUAUCGACACAAACUGAUGAUGAAGAACCCGAUUCCGAACCAAUUUAUGAUGAAGUAACUGAAGUUGAAAAAACAGAACCUGAACAAAGCGAUAAUGAAGAAUUAGAAUAUGAACUUGUUUAUUAUUAUGAUGAUUGUUAUGAUGAUGACGAUGAUGAUGGGGAGGAGGAAGAUUCAGCAAGCCAACCUGAACUUUCUUCGACUGAACAUCCAGCAGCAGCGUCACCAACCAAAGCUCGACUUGAGAUUCCUUCGACAUCAGCUCCAGCACGAACAUCCUCCACAGAAAAUCAAGUAUCUCAGUCUAAAACUCCUUCAACGACAGCUUCAGCUCCAGCAACUGAACCUAAAACUACAUCAACCUUAGUUUCAACACCACAACCUGAAACUCCUUCAACAGGAAUUCCAGCAGCCUCAUCUGAAGGUCCAUCAAUCCUAGUUUCAGCACCACAAUCUGAAGCUCCUUCAACGACGGCUCCAGCGGCUGAACCUGUAACUACCUCAACUUCAGUUCCUGUAGAUAAAUCUAAAACUACCUCAACAUUAGUUCCACUGGGUCAACCUGAAGUUCUAUCAACCUCAGCUCCAGCAACUCAAUCUGAAGCUCCUUCAACGGCAGUUCCAGCAACACAACUUGAUGUUCCAUCAACCAUUGCUCCAGGACCACAACCUGAUGCGUCAUCAACUCCAGCUCCAGUACCUGAACCUGAAACUACCUCAACUUUAGUUCCAUUACCGCAACCUGAAGUUCCAUCAACGGCAGCUGCAACACAUCAGUCUGAAACUACCUCAAGUUCAGUUUCAGUACCUCAACCUGAAACUAUCUCAACUUUAGUUCCAUUACGACAAACUGAGAUUCCAACAACGGCUGCAUUAGCACCUGAAUCUGAAACUACUUCAAUUAUAGCUUCAGUACAACAACCUAAUGUUUCCUUAACUCCAGGUCCAGCACCACAAUCUGGAAAGAACUUAACUUCAUUUCCUGUACCGCAACUUGAUGAUUCAUCAACUCCACCUUCAGAAGCUGAAUCUCCUUCAACGGCAGUUCCGGCACCUGAUCCUGAAACUACCUUAACUUCAGUUCAAGUUCCGCCACAACCUGAAAAUCCGUCAAUUCCAACACUAGCAGAACCAGAAGUUCAAUCAACCUCAGCUUCAGCCCCAGAACCUCUAACGUCUUCAAAAACAUCUCCAUCGGACCAAUCUGAAGCUCCAGGGAUCUUAGGUCAACCACAACAACCUGACGCUCCAUCAACCAUAGGUCCAGAACCACAAUAUGAUGCUUCAUCAACUGCAGCUCCAGCACCAGAACUUGGCAUUUCCUCAACUCAACCUGAAGCUCCAAUAAUGUCAGCUCCAGCAGUCCGACCUGUAGUUCCAUCGAACCUACUUCCUGUAGUGCUGGAUGUCCUUUUAACGACAGCUCCAGCAGAUGAACCUGAAACUACCUCAGCUUCAAUCCCAGUACAACAACCUGCAGUUCCAUCAAUCUCAGCUCCAGAAGACGUACCUGAAGUUUCAUCGUCCCUAGUUCCAGCAACAGAACCUGAAGUUGCUUCAACGGCAGCUCCAGCAGCCCAACCGGAAGCUCUAUCGAACCUACUUCCUGUAGUGCUGGAUGUCGUUUUAACGGCAGCUCCAGCAGAUGAAUCUAAAACUACCUCAGCUUCAAUCCCAGUACAACAACCUGCAGUUCCAUCAAUCUCAGCUCCAGAAGACGUACCUGAAGUUUCAUCGGCCCUAGUUCCAGCAACAGAACCUGAAGUUGCUUCAACGGCAGCUCCAGCAGCCCAACCGGAAGCUCUAUCGACCCUACUUCCGGUGGUUCUGGAGGUUGAUACACAAUCUAAACCUGCUUCAAUGGCAGCUCCAGUAUAUGAACCUGAAUCAGACUCAAUUUCAGAUCCAAUACCACAACCUGAAGUACCAUCAACCUCUGCUCCAUCGAUCCUAAUUCCGGCACCACAACCUCAAGAUCCUUCAGUGGCAGAUGCAACAGCCCAAUCUGAAGCCCCAUCGGCUUUAUUUCCUGUGGUGCUGGAUGAGGAUCCAGAACCUGAAGCUCCAGUAAUGGCAGCUCCAGCAGCCCCAUCUGAAGCCUUAGCGACCCUAGUUCAUGCACCUCAACCUGAAGCUCCAUCAAUGGCAGCUGUAGCAGCCCAACUGGAAACUCCAUCGACCCUACUUCCUGUUGAGCUGGAUGAGGAUCCAGAACCUGAAGCUCCAGAACCUGAAGCUCCAGUAAUGGCAGCUCCAGCAGCCCAAUCUGAAGCUCCAGCGACCCUACUUUCUGUGGUUGUGGAGGUGGAUUCACAAUAUAAAGCUUCUUCAACCGCAACUCUAUCAUAUGAACCUGAAACUACCUUAACUUCAAAUCCAGUACCACAACCUGAGGUUCCAUCAACCUCAACUGCAGCAGCUCCAUCGACUCUAGUUCCAGCACCUCAACUUGAAGCUCCUUCAAAGGCAGCUGUAGCAGCCCAACUGGAAACUCCAUCGACCCUACUUCCUGUAGUGCUGGAUGAGGAUCCAGAACCUGAAGCUCCAGAAACUGAAGCUCCAGUACUGGCAGCUCCAACAGCCCAAUCUGAAGCUCCAGCGACCCUAUUGUCUGUGGUUGUGGAGGUGGAUCCACAAUAUAAAGCUUCUUCAACCGCAGCUCUAUCAUGUGAACCUGAAACUACCUUAAGUUCAGUUUCAAUACCACAAUCUGUAGCUCCAGCGACUCUAGUUCCAGCACCUCAACCUGAAGCUCCUUCAAUGGCAGCUGUAGCAGCCCAACUGGAAACUCUAUCGACCCUACUUCCUGUAGUGCUGGAUGAGGAUCCAGAACCUGAAGCUCCAGUAAUGGCGACUCCAACAACCCAAUCUGAAGCUCCAGCGACCCUACUUUCUGUGGUUGUGGAGAUGGAUCCACAAUAUAAUGCUUCUUCAACCGCAGCUCUAUUAUAUGUACCUGAAACUACCUUAACUUCAGUUUCAGUACCACAACCUAAAGUUCCAUCAACCUCAGCUGCAGCAGCAUCAUCUGAAAUGCCAUCGACCCAAGUUUCAGUACCUCAACCUGAAGCUCCUUCAAUGGCAGCUGCAGGAGUCCAACAUGAAACUCCAUCGACCCUACUCCCUGUAGUGCUGGAUGAGGAUCCAGAACCUGAAGCUCCAGUAAUGGCAGAUCAAGCAGCUCAUCCUGAAGCUUCAGCGACUCUACUACCUGUGGUUGUGGACGUGGAUCCACAACCUAAAGUAGCUUCAACGACAGUUCCAGCAGGCGAACCUGAAACUACCUUAACUUCAGUUGCAGUUCCACAAUCUGAAGAUCCAUCGACCUCAGCUCCAGCAGCUCUGUCUGAAGUUUCAUCGCUAGCUCCAACACCACAACCUGAAGUUCCAGCAACCAUAGCUCCACCACCCACAGCUCCAGACCCCAAUCAGAAGGUUCAGCAAAUCAACCUUAAGCUCUAUCAAACCCAAUUCCAGCACCAGCCCUACCUGAAACUCCUUCAAACCCAGCUCCACCAUCUUAACCUGGAACUCCAUCAAGCACAAUUGAUGCAUCAGCAUAACCUGAAGCUCCAUCAACCCCAACUCUAG